AUGAAACUGGCUGGUUUCCUACGCAGUUACGCGGUUUCGGCAUUGUUAGCUGCUCUACCUAUAGUCGGGGCUGCCAUAGAUGAAUGCGAUGGGGUCCUGGUCUCGGAGACACUUCCUGUCCUUAUAAACUCGACUGCCCUCUACGAGCAUUUGCAGGCAUUGCAAAAUAUCGCAGACGAACACGGUGGGAACAGGAUAACCGGCUCCGCUGGUCAUAACCAAACUUUACAGUAUAUUCAAGAUCACAUGAAGUCCCAGGGUUACUACGUGGAAGUCCAGCCUUUCCACGAUUUAAUACAGAUCAACGGCAAAGCUACCUUGUGGGCAAACGGUGAAGCUUUCGAAAUUGACUACCCGCAAAGGGCUUUCGGGGCGGUUGUAAUGGUUGAGGCGGGCGGCUGUUCUCUGUCUGACAAGUCGAUAGCCGCGGGUCAAGCUGGGGCUAUAGGACUUUUAAUGUAUGAGUUCACGCAGCUUACUCCAAGCUUAGGCGCGCUGGACGAUCGUCAUAUCCCAUCGGCAAAAAUAGCUUACAGGGAUGCCCGACGCAUUAUGGAAUAUAGACUUCCCCUAUUCGUUAACACUUUCGACAUUUAUAUGCAGUAUAAGGAGGUCUCCAGGUUUGAAUAUGGAGACAAGGACAACGUGUUGUUGGUUGGCACGCAUACCGAUUCAGUCAGUUCAAGCGCAGGCAUCAACGACAACGCCAGUGGUGUAGCCAGUCUUCUAGAAAUAGCCACACAGCUCUCAAGAUUCAAAACAAAUUCAACAGUCAAAUUCGCCUUUUGGACAGCCUCGGAACCAUGCUUGCUAGGCUCCAAACACUGGAUGUAUACUACCCACCAGGAAGAGCUUCAGAAAAUACGCCUUUACCUCGAUGCCAACAUGCUUGGCUCACCCAAUGGCGCUCUCAAGGUAUAUGACGGGUACGAAUCCUCUUUCGGCACACCUGGACCACAUGGCUCCGAAGAAGCCGAGACAAUUCUAAUACAAGGGUUUGAGGCUCAAGGCGUAAAUUUCACAAGGACCGAGAUCAGCAACCGCAGCGACUACGCCACAUUUUUUGAUGCCCAGAUCCCGUUUGCGGGUCUUUUCAGCGGCGCCAACGGAUUGAAGACACAGAAGGAGGCAGGUAUGUUCGGAGGCGAUGCCGGGGUUCCAUACGACGCCAACUAUCACGAGCCGGACGACGAUAUAGAGAAUAUCAAUAUGGCAAUACUGUUGCAAAACACGAAGGCAUUAGCCCACGCCGUUGGAGUUUACGGUAGAAGCCCCGAUAGCUUUCCGGCGUCGGCGGCGAUCCGGCAUUAUGGCACGUCAACGAAAUAUCUAUACCCACUGCUGGCCUCAGCAUGGGUUGCAUACUACUUGCUGUCCUAA